ACAAGAGAUAACACGGUUGCCAGCUGCCUCUAAAAUAUAACCAUAGCGACUACAGCUAGAAAGGGUCAGCAGAGUGAAACAGAGCAGAAUUAGUGUCGAGGACAAAGGUGGGGGUUACCUACCGCCUGCCUUGGCAAAGAAGAAUCUCUACCGGCAGCUAGGCUGUGCUGGGGCAGAAACUCAGGGCCCAGCUGCUCCAGCAGCUGGUGCCCCCUGGUGCUGAGGAGCUGGGAAUGUGGCCGGAGGACUUCUCUGAGCUGGCCUGAGACGUGAGCCCCCGGCGGAACAGCAAGCUGGCAGUGAGGCUACAGAAGAGGGAGAGAAGGCAGAAGUUGGGCACCUGCCACGUGCAGUUUUGCUUAUGCGACAGCGGUCCUCACUUAGAGGCGAUUUUGCACCCCAGGUGACAUUUGGCAACCCCGGGGGGGGGGGGGGAGGGGGAGGGGAUGCUACUGGCAACUCACUGGCAGAGGCCAGGAAUCCUGCUAAAUAUCCUUCACCGCUCAAGACAGCCCCUUGCAACAGAGAAUGACCCAACUCAAAAUGUCAGCAGCACCGAGCUUGAGAGAGCCUACCCUACAACCAUUCCAAAGAGAAGGCCAGUUAGAAGCUGUGCCUGCAGAGUGAGCCUCCUCGUAAAGUUGUCUGUUCACCAACAAAGCUCACGUUGUCUGCCUCGUAAAAUGUCCGAGAUACGGAGAAACUUUUCACCACCGGACAAAGGGAGCUGUACCUGGAGGCCUGCAAACUGGUGGGUGUAGUGCCCGUCUCCUACUUUAUCCGGAACAUGGAGGAGUCCUACGUGAACCUCAACCACCAUGGGCUGGGACCCAGUGGUACCAAGGCUAUUGCCAUAGCCCUGGUGUCCAACACGAGUGUUGUCACCCUGGAGCUGGCAGACAACUGGAUCAUGGAGGAGGGCACCUUGAGCCUGGUGCAGAUGCUGCAAGAAAACUACUACCUGCAAGACUUGAAUAUUUCCAACAAUGAUCUUGGCUUGAAGGGGGCCAGCACCAUCUCAGAAUUUCUUCAGAGAAAUACCUCUUCGCUCUUGAACCUCCAGCUUUCAGGAAAUAACUUCAAGGACGAAGCCGCAGAGCUGUUCUGCCAAGCCUUCUCGGCCAAUUACCGAAUUAAGACACUGGAUCUCAGCCACAACGAAUUCUCUGAUAAGGGAGGAGAACACCUGGGGCAGAUGCUAGCCCUCAAUAUAGGACUCCAGUCACUGGAUCUGAGCUGGAAUCACUUCCACACACGGGGAGCUGUGGCCUUGUGCAAUGGUCUCCGGGCUAAUGUAACCCUGCAGAAACUGGAUCUCUCUAUGAACGGCUUUGGGAACGAGGGGGCUACGGCCCUGGGAGAGGUCCUCAGGCUCAACAACUCCCUGGUCUACAUAGACGUCAGCAGCAAUGACAUCAGCAACGAAGGAGUCAUCAAAAUCAGCAAAGGACUGGAGUUCAAUGAGAGCCUCAAAGUUCUGAAGCUUUUCCUGAACCCUGUGAGUAUGGAUGGGGCUACGUUACUUAUCCUGUCCAUCAAGAGGAACCCCAAAUCCAAGAUGGAGGAGAUUGACAUUUCUAAUGUGCUGGUGUCUGAACAGUUCGUAAAAAUAUUGGAUGGGGUGUGUGCCAUCCACCCCCAGCUGGACGUGACGUACAAGGCAGUGCAAGGCUUCUCUGCCAAGAAAGAGCUGCUCUUGUGGACAAACCCCAUGAAACUGAUCCAGAGCUAUGCAGACCAGCACCAAAUCACGGUCAUAGACUUCUUCAAGAGCUUGAACCCUAAUGGAAGAAUGAUGAUGUCUGUGGGUGACUUCCGGAAAGCUAUGAUACAGCAGGACAAGGUCCCUAUGAACCCGUACCAAGUCAGGGAGCUGAUAAAGAAGCUGGCUGAGAAGACAGGCAUGGUGAACUUCAGCUGCUGGUGUCUGGGUGGAGCCCUGAGGAUUAUGAAGCCAGGGGGUAUCAAAAAUUGUGGACUAUGUUAUGGAUCAAUAAAAACAGCAAAGUUUUCUCCAGAUGCUUUUAAUGUAUCUCUUGCAUAAAAAUGAAAGGCAGCAAUUUUCUGAUCAAAUGUUAUGUUUUGUUUGGGUAGCUUUGGGGAAAUUAUGGAGAUAUAGGGAAGCUAAAAUCCACCCCCUCGCCCCCAAUCCUCCAGGCCAACCCUCAACAUUACCAAUCCCAAGAAAGUGAAGGACGACAGAGUCAAAACCUGCCUGCAACAGUCUGGGAACCUUCCCAAAGUUGGAGUAAUUCCGACUAGUGGCCACUAGGUGUCAGGUCAGCUUCAAAUUCCUGGCGAACACACUGCUUCCAGAUCCUUACAGAACGCUUUGCAGCCUUUGUACUUUCUGUGAUCUCCCAAACUUCUGCCCACCACCCCCCCAAAAGCCCGACACAUGAAAUCUGAGCCCCGGAGUGUCCAGCAGCCUGACACUUGGGCAAACCUCUCCAACGCUCAAUGUCCUCGUUGUGAAUUGCGGUUUCUAACUGCGAACUUCGCACCCGUGCUGUGAGGCAGAAAAUCAGGGGUGGGCGGGUAAAAACUCCGUAAAUAUUCAGUCCCCUCCCCCAGUCAGCCCACCCUGGAGCCGAGCAAGACAAGAAGAGACAGUGUUUCAUUUGGGUAGGAGUGCGCGAGGAACUCAUCCUCUGACCAUCAGCUUGCCCAGUCUGGAGGCUGGUGGGCGGGAGCUGCAAACCCAAGGUGGAGGUAGAGGAAUCUUGCAAAGUAGGAGAGGCCAGCAGGUCAAAAUGACCCAGAGGCAUUGGACUACACGCCCAGCACUGAAGGAGGUCCGGCUGCAAGCGAGGGAAUCAGCACCUGGCUGUGCCCCUCCUAACCUGCCCUAACUCGGUGAGCGUCAUGUGGUAGGUUUUUGUUCCUCACAGAAACCCGGUGCAGGAAGAGUUUAUUAUCCUAUUUUACAGUUGGGGAAACGGAUGCAUGGAGAAGUUAAGCAUCUCACUCAAGCUUUCUUGCUAGUAAGUGGGGAGGCGGAGAUGCAGGCCCUAACAAUAUAGCUCUGGCUCCCUGGGGUCUUAACCACUGUGCUUCCCUGCCCCCUGCAGCUUCUGUGCUGCAGCUCCACAUCCAGACCUCGGAGUUUAAAUGCACUUACUCUGUCUACACUGUGUCUACAACAGAGUGAGGAACAACUAGAUUGAUAAGCAAGCAGGAGCUGCAGGCCAGGAGGGAGGCAAAGGCGGAAGAUACUGUUCUAGUGUGGCUGAUUGCUGAAGGUCAGGUUGACAGGCCGUCCCUGCUCCCAGUAUUGAUCAGAAAUUGUGCCAGGGAGGUAGGAUGGGAGGACAGAAGGAAGCACAUGGAAAGCACUGUGCACCCGCAUCUUAAAGCAGUUAAGCAUACGGGGUUCUGGCACCGGACAUUUUGAGGUUUGAAUUGCGCCUGGCUUUCCCACUUAGCUCUGUGACUUUGAGCCAGUCACUCAACCUUUCUGAAUCUCAGUUUCCUCACCCGUCAAUAGAAAUGAUAAUGGUCUCCCCUCCCCCACAAUUUAAUGAGAUUGUGCCGGUGAAACCCAAGGCCUAGCAUACAAUAAGUGCUUCCUAUAAGGAUGACCUCAUCACAGUGGCUUUCCUUUCCGAGAGGUGGGGGGCGGGGAGGCCUAGGUCCUGCAGGGCACAAGAGGGGCCACACCAAGCAGCCAUCUUUGAAAUAUCUAAGUACUGGGCCUUUUUUUUUUUUUUUUU